GUAAGAUAUAAAUAGAAUCUUGAUGUAAACAAUAACACAUUUUGUGAAGUGGUGGAGUGGAAAGGCGAGUUGUAUUACGUUUGAAUUUAGGCAAUUUGUUGUGGAGUUAUGAUUAGCCCAUUGACUGUGCUGAAGAGUGUUGGGCCAAAGUUGGUGCCAUUCUUCAAGACUUGCACAAUAUUCUUUGUGCUGUUUGCUGACACACCAGCCUCAGAGACCAGUGCACCAUGGUUCUUCUGUAUUGUGAAAUGCCUGCCAAUCAUUUCACUGAUCCUGUUUGUUCUGUUAAAUGGAAUGAGCAUCACAGAGUACUACAGAUAUUCAAGAAGGGUUUUGAUUGGUCUUAUUUUCUCCUGCUUAGGAGACGCAUGCUUAGUUUGGGCAAAGAGUUACUUUGAAGUUGGCAUAGGAUGCUUUGCUAUUGCUCAGAUCUGCUAUGCAAGAGCAUUUGGCUGGAAACCCUUUAACCCCUAUGCUGGUACCUUUAUCUUCGGUCUCGGAGCUUUAUUCUACGCUUUCCUAAGUCCGGCUCUACAUGGCAUCAUGGUCUACAUGGUUGCCCUGUAUGUAAUGGUAAUUUGCACGAUGGCUUGGAGGGCCGUUGCAAGAGUGCAAUUCUUUGGAGAUCUUUACAUCAAGUGGACCAAGCUGUCCGGAUGUUUUGGAGCCCUAGCGUUUGUUAUUUCCGAUGUCACACUAGCUGUAGACAGGUUCAGAUUUCACAUACCUUACGCUCACCCAAUAAUCAUGAUGACUUACUACGCUGCACAGUUAGGUAUCGCCCUGUCAGUAGUUGAUAGUCAAGUAGACGAACUUAUUGAUGCUUCCAAACGUAAUGCCAAUUCAGAGUCAACGCAGACAAGUACACAAGAAAACGGUCAUUCUAGACAACCAAGUGACUCUUCAAUUCAGGCAAAUGGGUUCGUUACCAUGCCAGGCCUAGCUUCAUGUGACAUGUUAAUUCACCGAUCACUUGAAGAAAGGGAAGCUGUGAAUUGAAAAAAUUACAAAAGAUUUAAAGAACGGAUUAAUAUAUUUUGUCAGUGAAUUUAAAACUGACAAAAAAACAUAAAACACUCAGUUUAAAAUCUGCUGUGAACAAUCUCAGUAUUGUAGCUGUUUGAUGAUUUCCCUGAUGGGACCAUUGUUCAGUCGUUGACAUAGAUUCUAGGAAUCUGAACCAGUCUCAUAUAAAGUUCUGUCAGUUCAGAGACUGGUCAGUUAACUAAGUUUGUGUAUUGCCAGUAUAUUUGUUUUACUGUAAGCUAUCUUUUACAAGAUUUAUUUUCUGUAUGUUACUUUGUAUCAUUCAAUGUAAAUACAUGAACAUCAUUAUAUAAUUAUAAAUUUAAACAAAAUUCAGUUAUAGAUUGUUAAUUCAAUUCCUGAAGGGGUAUUUAUAAAAGUUAAUUAGUGAAAAUUUUCAAGUUUAAUAGUGAUUAUAUUUUUGGAAUUUUAAACAAUAAUUUUAUAAAUAAUAGCCUCUUAUAUUUAUCAAAUUUUAUCAUACCAGUAUGCCUUUGGAUUGUUUCUUGCUUUUUUUUAUAUUUUUUUGUAAAGAAACAUUGUUAGUUUUGUUAAAAAUCAACUUCAAAUAAAAGCAUUAUUUUACUAAGUUGAAAAUUUUCACUAAGAUACUUUAUGAAUACGCCCUCAGAAAACAUAUUUUCUUAAGUUUUUAAUUAAGACUUUUUUGUACUCCUGAUUGUCUUAUAGAGUGAGACAUGGAAAGUCACUUCACUUGUCAGACAAUAUUAUUUAUGUUUCUAACUUUUCAGUAAAUAAUUCACUGAGCCAAUUAAUUAAAGUGCAGUCUAAGUAUAAUUAACGUUCUGAAUUGUAACAUUGCAUAUUAAGGCAGUAUUUGUAUUUUUGCAUACUGCAAAGUGUUUGGCAAACAUUCAACAACUGGUUUGUCUGAAGUUGACAAAGUUGACAUAAAAAUGUCUUUCAUGUGUUCGAAAGACACCAGUUUUAUUAGUGCAAAUCUAUUCAAUGUGCUAAAUAUAUAUAUAUGAAGUUAUGAACACAUUCACAAUUGCAUGUACAUAGUAUGGGUUAAACUUUAUAUCAUUUUUAGAUAUAUUUCAGAUCAUUGUGCAUUGCAUUUAUUGAAGUUGCAAUGUAAUUCUUGACUUUAAUUGAAUAGCCUUUAGCCAUUUUCGCUUAAGAAAUCAACUUUGUUAGUGUAUUGUAAAGUGAACAGCUAUUUGCUGUCAAAUGUGGGUCGUCGGUCGUUACAUUUCUUAAACCUUGCUAGACUGUUAACCUAAUUAACGAUCCUUCCUUAUAAAACAAUUAACUUUUUAAUGUAAUAGUUUGCUCAUAAAGUCUAGAACACAUGCAUUAAAAGACUAUUAUGUAAUAUAAUUUAUUGACUUAGUCUAGAUGAAAAAAAGGUGUUAUAAUCUUGUGUACAUGUGCUUUUGAUAUUCUUAAAUAAUAUAGACAUUUCAUGUUUUCAAUGUGCAAUAUGAUAUGGUUAUGAUGUUAUGAAGUCAGUAGGCUUUGUACUUUUGUCUUUCCCAUAUGACUUUUCCUGCUAGUCUUGCUGUGUGAAUUAGAUUUUUUCAACUGUUUUAGGGUUGUAUAUACUCACAUAGACACGAGAUAGAAAUUUGUAUGAUACAUGUAUGUCAUUUUCUCCAGAUGUAUUUCAUCAUUAUCAUGCAACGUAUUUAGGAGGGGUAAGGGCUAAAAGAAUACCUGUGUUCACGGCAACCCGACCCUACCUGGCAAAACUCCUCGACCCUAAAGUUUUUUAUUCGACCCUAGAGAAAAAUAUAUCAGAUUGUCUGAUUUGUAGUUGUUGGUGACCAUUUGUGUUGAUAAGAUAAAAAAAACUCAAGUAAUAAUUAUUUAUUACACAAUAUACUGAAAUAUCAUGGUACGCAUUCAUGACUUGCGUUGCUGUUUUCAGACUUGACUUGUGCCUACCCAAUCUGGCAUUUUUGCGACUGUUACUCUAAACUCAGAUUUUUUAAGACCCAAUAUGUUUGGACAGCAUUAUGAUGUCACAGACACUCUAUAUUGAUUGCAUGUCUGCGGGUCAGUUUCACAUCCUGUAUUAAAUCAUUUGUUAUACAAUCCCAGAAUGCAAUAAAUUAUACGACACAACUGUGUAAAUACACAGAAUGCAUCGAGGCCCUAUAGUUGUUACUGUUAUACGUUAUGACCCACAAAUGUCACAUCUGUUGAUCUGUUGUUGGCAUACAGUCCUAAUUGACCGCUAAUGAAGCCAAAUAUCAUAUUGACCCAAUGAGCACAUUGAAGUAGCUAGCAGUAGCAAUAGCAGUAGCAGGUUGUUUUUGAGAAGCUUAUAUGAAAAUGACUUAUGACAGGCUUGUCGUGUGUAACUGGAAUGAGAAAUGUACAUAUUUAUUAAUAUUGAACUGUUUUCUGUCAAUUCAACCUGUUUCCAUGUUUACAUAAUUUUUUUAUUAUGUGACACACUCAGCAAAAAAGACAAUUUCAUCUUUGCGAGGUUUCGUCCCUUAUAAGCAGGAAGUUCUAGGUUUUUUUUACUUAUUUUAAUUUAAUUUUAUAUUUUUUAUAAUUUUGCUGGGUAGUUCAAUCAGUCUGGGUUGACAUGUACCUUUGUUCUGAACAAGAAAACCUCAACAGGAUUUGUUUUGCAGACGAUUUCAUAAUUACAUUUGUUCGUGUUAAGCAAAGAAAGGUUCAUAAUGUGAUUUAAUAUACUUCACUGUCUUAAAAAACUGUCCCUAUUGAUUUUGCAUUCAACUGUCAAGUUUCAUUCAGAUGUACUGGGUAGAUUUCAUGAUUGUAUCCAAAAACCUACUAAAGAUCUAGAAAUCAUUGACUUUUUAUGGGUUAAACUGUCAAUGAAGCAUUAAGAUGAUGCAGUCAUCACAAAGUCUAGAUGUAACAAAAGCCAUUAUGUGGUUUUUGUGACCUGAUGAUUCACUCUCACGGGAAUCUGAUCUCAUAUAUGGUUUCUGACUCUUAAAACCGAAAUCAUCAGCUUUGUAUGCACUUGGAAUUUGUCUUGCAAUCUCAUAUAUGGUUAGAGACCCAUUUAAUGGAAAUAAUUGAGAUGGCAUUUACAAGGAAAUUGUCUUAAUAUAACUUGGACAGUGAUUGGUACAAAUGUGUGAUGAAAUUAUGGGUUUUUACAGCCAUAUGGCAGUUUUGACCAGAGAUUGUGAAACUUUGUUUAUGUGUAUAUAUACCGGUAUUUAUUAUAUGGAAGGAGAGGGAAGAGAAAGAGAGAGCACCUAAAAACUUUUAUUUUCAUAGGUAUUGAAAUGACACUUGUAAAAAAGUUGAUUAUUUUCAACCCUUUAUUCAAGAAUAAUCUAUAACAUUUAAUAAAGUGGACAUACUCUUGAUGAAAAAAAAUAUGUAUCAGCAAUAUAUAUUAUUAUAGAUAUAUUAGCAUUCAAUUGUUAUUAAAACGUGUCAAUUUAAGGUUAAAAUUGGGUGUUUUUAGGGUUCACUUCCUUUUUUUCGGCCCCUAUAACCGCCGCUGUUUAAUAUUCAUAUGGUAAAAUCUUUCACUUGUGUAAAGUAAUGUGAAUAUGUUAUUGGGAAAUUUUAAUAUACAUUAAUUUCAAUACUUCAGGAUGUUGAAUGAUAUUCCAUAUGGUAUUAAAUAUUGUACAAUGUACAUACUCAUGCAUUAAGUAUUCAUAUUUUGGAAUGCUGAGAUUUGUCAUCGCCAUUGCAUUAAAGGUUGUUGCUGGUUAUUUCUUACUUUAAAGGGAUUUCUUCAUGUUUAAAACGGGGGUGCAUUGAAAACACAAAAUUGUGUGAAAUGUGAACAAAAUGCAUGUUUAAAUAAUAAAAGUUCAAAUAACACUUCAAUUGUUAAUGAUUCGCUAAAGAUGUGACAGAAUAAUGCUCUUUUAUUGCAGAAAAGCAAUUGUAACACUAUUGCUUUUUAACUGUUUUAGCCGUUGAUUCACAAAAAAACCCUGUUCAAAUGAGUGUCAACAAAAUGCUGUUCUGUAUUAGUUCUUAAAAGCUUAAAAUAUUCUACCUUAUACAUAGAUAGAUCACAAAAAGAUUUUCUUUACACACAUGAUAUGAAUUUUUGAGCAAGAUAUUCCAGUUUUCUGAUUUGCUUUCUUUAAAAAAAACUUAAUUUAUAUACUUCGCGGAUAAUGGUUUCUUUCGGUAUUAGAUCGGAAUAUAUUUCACUGAGUGAGCAACAAAAAAUGGAUUUCACAAGUGGCAUAGCCACAAGUAAAAGUUUAACUUUUGGUGUUCACUAGGUGUAUAUAUUGUGACCUUACAAUGCAACAAAGAAAUUUCUUUUUAUUAGAUGCCUAAAAGCAGUUUUAGAAGUUUUAAAAGACAUUUAAUUGCAUUUUAUUAAAAAACAACAUGAUGUAUGCACACAUACACAUACACAAUGUUUGCACUGUGAAAUAUCAUUGUUUUUUCACUGAUGGAUCUCUAUCAAUCGUCAGAAUGCAUAUAAAACAAUAUUGAUACCAUUCUUCUGCAGUUUAAAUGGCAUAACAGAUAUUUGCAUAGAAUCAUCUAUACUGGAAAGUAAUUCCUGUUUGCUGUAUGCCAACAUUGCCAAGUAUUGAUUGUUGACAAGAAAGUAGGCCUGUAUCGAGACAAUGACAGUUCAUUUCUGAUAGAUCUCCCUAGGGGAUGAGUUCAAGAUAAGUGUUACUGCAAAACUAGAUAUACUGGAUGGUGAUAAUAUCCCUGGGGGUUAUUAACAAUUAUUAAUAAGUAGUAAAAAUAACUCGGUUAAUUAUUCUAUGAAAGAAUGAUGUUUAUCAUACAAAUAUAUCCCAAUGGUUUUGUAUAGAUACAAUUUGGAACACUUAGUAUUCAGAAUUUUUAUUCCUAUGAACAUUAGUUUUAGGAUUUAUAUUUGUUAUUUUUGUUUUUCCCUCUAACGUGUUUCGGAAAUGCAUACGGUAGUUGUAACAGUCUGUUGCAUUUACGAUGAACAAAAACUCCUCAUAUUAAGGUUAAACUGUAUAUUGAACGUUUUUUUUGCAUACCUGUUUCUAACAGGACAAUAUUAGGAAAUUUAAAUAAAAUAAAUUUUUGUACAGUUGUUUACCUAUUAGUAUUAUUUCAUACGCAAUCAAAUUAUUUAUUUUGUAAUGGGCUUGCUUCUUGUGUGAUGCCUGUCCGUCGGCUGCGACCCUUGACAACUCUGCCAUGCUUAUUAAACUCUAUGAUAAACAUAAUAUUGUACUAGUACAUAAUUGUUUCCAUCUGACAUAUUUUUUUCAAUAGCAAGACACGGUCUUCAUGGCUUAUUUCUUUCUAAGGGAAGUAACUUCGAUAAACAUAAAUGACACUAUCAAUAUCUUCCAAGGCAUGUCAGUAUUUCAUUUAUCUUGGAAGUCUUUUCAAUUUAAUUUUGGGAUAAAUAUUUUUCCUUUUUUUUUAUUAAUACAGGUUUAUAUCUGUGUCAUUAACUGUCUCACAUUUCUGUAUAUACACACAAUUUACAAUAGUUAGUGCUGAGUAAUAUGUUGUUGUGUUCAGAGACUUGUAUGGUGUCUCAAUAGUCCUUUUUUGCGGAUAUUUGCCUGUUUACUCAUUGUUUUACACAGUGUAGUUUCGCCUGGAUAGUUUAUCUCCGAUGAAUAAAAUCUUGAUACAUAAUAUCCAAAAAUGGAUAUUCUUUAUAGCGAUUUGGCUAAAAGCUGUGUCCGCAAAAAGAUUAUGAUUUGUAGUUGCAUUUAGUGUAGAUAUUUUUUUCUUUCCUACAUGUACUUUGAUAUAAUUUACAUGUAAUAUAAUUAUUAAGCCAUUGGAAUAUCAUACAUACACUGUUUAUAGCCAUUAAGUGUUUGAAAUUAUAUUUUGUCUAAUGAGAUGGCAGUAUUUUUUCAAAUCUGUCAUUUAUUUUGGUAAAUCAGAAGUCAGAAGUUAUUGAUUUUCAUCAAAUGAAUCUGAAGAUUUUAACAAAGGCUCGAGCAGGAGACAAAAUAUAAUCUCAAACAUUAAACUGGUUAGGAGUUAAUAAUAUGCAUUUACCAAAUAAAUGCACUGAGCGUCUGCGAUGCUCCGGGUUCAUUUAUUUUGGUUAAUACAUACCAAUUACCUCGAACCAUCAAAUUUCUUUUUUAGUUCUUAUUGAUUGAAAAUUUAGAAAUUUAAUGGAACCUAUGUUCAUAUUGUAUAUGGUUUAUAGGUCUGUGGUUUCAUGCACUUCCAAUGCAACCUGUUAUGUUUUUGAAUUAUAUAUUUCUGUUGUUAAUACAUUUAUGUACAAGCAGUAAAAAGGAACCUUGCACAAUACAAAUUUUUCUAAAAUAGUUUAAAAACAGUCAAUGUGUUCGAUGAUUAUUUGUUGUUUACCUCAUAUGAAUAUAUCAGGAAUCAAGUCAUCUUUUAAAAUUGUUUUUUUUUUAGUUUACAGCGCUGUCUGUAUUAAGCAUUUUGGUGAAAACAAGUGGAUUUAAAGAAAACUUUUAAUGUUUUUACACCAAAGAUUAGAAAUUAAGCAAGAAAAACAUCCAAAAAAUAAAGGCAUAAAAUUAAUUUUGAUGAAAAAUGGCGGGUAAGGCAUAAGAUUAAUUUUGAUGAAAAAUGGCGGGUAUUUAAAAAGAUAAUUUGUAGCACUGCUUCCAGUAAUAGUUCCUUUAUUCCGCUUAUAUAUAUAAUUUUUAUAUGGAUGAAAAUUUGUUUUUGUUUUUUGUUGCCAUUUUGGAAUCUGUGUACAUUCAUUUUUUAUGAAACUCAUAAAUUAACUUAAUUCCUUAAUUCAGACCAACUCAUUAAAUAUUCUCUAAAUAUAUACCGUUUAUUAUAGUGCUGCCAGCAUCAACUGACGUGUUUUGACAGGUCUAAGUUAUGUCGCUAUUUAUAUUCUUUUUAAGGUUAAUAUAUUCAUUUUGUGAAAUAAUGACAUCUAAAUAUAGAUCAAGUGAUGUAAUAGUUUGGCAUUUCACUAUCCACUUCUUCAGGGUUUUUUUUUUUCUUAUUGAUUUUACUUCGUAACCCAUAAGUACUGUUAUGAAAAAAAUCAUGGAAAAAAAAUGACCACAGAGAGGCCAAUUUUUUUUAUAUUUAUCAGUUGUGGCCUGUUGAAGCUAUUUACUGUGAACAUUUUCAUUUUGUAAAUUAACAACAUCUAUUUAUAUAUAAGGAGAUGCAUUAAAAUAAGAAAUAUUUGUGGAUGUACUGGUAACAAAGACUAUUGUGUAAUAUCACGAGAUUUCCAUAACCAUUAUUGUAAUGUUGGUUUUCCUUCCUCAGUAGAAUACAAAGUCCAUGCAGUCUUACGGUACUUCCCUUAUAGUACAAUCAUCACUGCCAUCAUGCAAAUCAGGUGACUGCAUCAAUCCUAUUGGUAAAGAUUGUAAAAUAUCUUUGAUUUUACUGUAUUUUAACCUCAUUCCACCUUGUACAAUUGAAAUUUGAUAAAACCUAUCCAAAAAAAGAGAGAGGAAAAAACAUUUAAAAAAAAAAAAAGUUUAAAUAGUUUAUUCAUAAAGCUGAUAUCCAGCUAAAUACUCGCGCAUGGUGGCCUAGUUCUAUUCUGCCUGUUAGGGGAGAUCACUGCUUAAUACUGCAUCGGAGAUUGAGUAUAAUACUGCACUAAUUUUCAUCUAACUUUUUUCAUGAAAAUGAAUCCCACUUAUAUAAUACUUUCACAUGACUGUACAAGAUGGUAACUAAAUGAAAGGUAUGCAUGUACAUUCUUGGAUAGUUCAUUUGCUGUUGUCUGUUGUUCAAUGUUUUAAAUUUCAUUCUAUUCUAGAAAUAAAAACACGAAAAAUGGAAA